AUGGCGCUGGCGAGCGAAUGGCACGGCUACGUACCCGGCGCCUCAUUCUCCUCUGUCUCGCCUGCUCAAAGUUUAGCACGCCGGCACUUGGCAGCUGCCCGCGCCGCCAUAACACUUCCAGUCGACAGGGUUCCAGACCCAGAUUGCCUGGCGCCUCCAAUCUAUUGUCUAAGACCACGGCGCCCAGAGACGGCACGCCAGCCGCCUUUCUUGCCUGGCCUCUGCGUCUUUCGUCAACUCUGCCGCGGAGACGAUUCGCUCAGACCCGGGCGGACUGGUCAUGCUGUGUCGCCUGCACUUGUGCUGCAGAACGGGUCUGGAUUCUGGAUGCUGGUGGCGCCUGCGUACUGCACGAUGUUCCCCAUAGACUAG